AUUCAUUCCAUGAAAACGUGAAUUGUGUUUCAUAACCCCUAAAACUCAUAUUUCCAGAUACGAAACGCCUAGCUUAUCUGUUCACUUCUUAAUUCCAAUUGCGUCAGAAUUAUUUGAUCAGGUGUAGUUUUUAAGCUAUGAAAAUGGCUGAUGGUAAAAAGAAGGAGGUCAAGAAAGAGACUGGGUUAGGUCUCACUUUCAAAAAGGAAGAGAAUUUUGGGGAAUGGUAUUCAGAGGUGGUUGUGAAUGGGGAGAUGAUUGAAUAUUAUGAUAUUUCUGGUUGUUAUAUUCUGAGGCCAUGGUCAAUGUCAAUAUGGGAGACUAUGCAAGCAUUCUUUGAUGUGGAAAUUAAGAAAAUGAAAAUCAAGAAUUGCUACUUCCCUCUUUUUGUAUCAUCUAAUGUUUUGGAAAAGGAGAAGGAUCACAUUGAGGGCUUUGCUCCAGAGGUUGCUUGGGUGACAAAAACAGGAAAAUCUGACUUGGAGGUUCCUGUUGCUAUUCGACCAACUAGUGAGACUGUUAUGUAUCCCUAUUUUUCUAAGUGGAUCAGGGGACACCGUGACCUGCCUUUGAAACUCAACCAGUGGUGUAAUGUUGUUCGAUGGGAGUUCAGCAAUCCUACACCAUUUAUCAGGAGCCGUGAGUUCCUUUGGCAGGAAGGACACACUGCUUUCGCAACAAAGCAAGAAGCAGAUGAAGAGGUGCUUCAAAUAUUGGAACUGUACCGACGCAUAUAUGAAGAAUUCUUGGCUAUUCCUGUUAUAAAGGGCAAGAAAAGUGAGAUGGAAAAGUUUGCUGGUGGACUUUACACAACUAGUGUUGAGGCAUUUAUUCCCAACACUGGACGUGGUAUCCAAGGUGCAACUUCUCAUUGUUUGGGCCAAAAUUUUGCAAAGAUGUUUGAAAUAAACUUUGAAAAUGAGAAGGGAGAGAAGGGAAUGGCCUGGCAGAACUCUUGGGCCUAUAGUACUCGGACGAUUGGAGUUAUGGUGAUGGUUCAUGGAGAUGACAGAGGCUUGGUUCUGCCACCUAAAGUGGCAUCUGUCCAAGUUAUUGUUGUUCCUGUGCCUUACAAAGAUGCUGAUACUCAAGGAAUCUUUGAUGCCUGUGCUGCAACUGUGGAUACUUUGUGUGAAGCAGGUAUUCGUGCUGAGGCUGACUUUAGAGAGAAUUACUCACCUGGUUGGAAGUAUUCUCAUUGGGAAAUGAAAGGUGUUCCUCUAAGGAUUGAAAUAGGGCCCAAAGAUUUGGCAAAUAAUCAGGUACGUGCAGUUCGCCGUGACAAUGCAGCAAAAGUGGAUAUCAGUCGUGACAGUUUGAUGGAGAAAGUAAAAGAUAUGUUGGAUGAUAUUCAACAGAGGUUGUUUGAUGCUGCUAAACAAAAGCGAGAUGCUUGCAUUCAAGUUGUGAAAACUUGGGGUGAAUUCAAGGAAGUUCUCAGUCAAAGGAAAAUGAUCUUAGCUCCUUGGUGUGAUGAGGAGGAGGUGGAAAGGGACGUGAAAGAACGAACAAGAGGUGAAAUGGGAGCAGCCAAGAGUCUUUGUUCCCCAUUUGACCAGCCUGAGCUCCCUGAAGGUACCGCAUGCUUUGCUUCUGGAAAGCCCGCAAAGAAAUGGACCUACUGGGGCAGGAGUUACUAGAUCAUCAGGUCCCUGUGUAAUCUUCAAUUUUCAUAUAGUUCGAAUAUCAGGUGCUUAUGUACUUCAGUUUGGGCACACAUUUAAGUAAUUUGGCAGCAGAACAACAGGAAAUGAAGCUAACAUACUAGGUUUUGUUGUAAUCCAUUUCCGACAUCGAUUAUUCUACUUGAAAUGUUGGGUUGCAACGCUUAAAUCUGCUACAAUAAUAGGUUGCCAGAUAAUUUAUACAA